CGGUGUAGCUCGGGUGUUGCUACCCAAAGCAUCGAGAAAUGCAGCCGAGGGGUAGUACCAGCGGGCCGGGCAGAUUUCUCAGCAUCAGCGCGGGGCUUUUGGGUCUCGGAUUUCCUCCAUUCCUCCGGUUUUGGUGCUCGGCUGAACCGCGGACCUGAUGGACGUGUUCAGCUUUAGGAUGCCCAAGCUACCAGGCCACAGGACCAAAUCCUCCGGCGGAUGGACAUCUUCACCUCACAGGUCUGUACACGGAUGGGACACAGUGUCCAGUGAUCAGAACUGCUUUAUUGAUCAAGUUACUCAAUGCAGUUCUCUAGAGGAUGUUCGGCUGGGGCUUGAGGGUGAUAAAUUGGCACCUCGGAAAGUGGAGAUGAGACGGGACCCAAUUUUGGGCUUCGGCUUUGUAGCGGGAAGUGAAAAACCUGUUGUGGUUCGUUCAGUAACUCCAGGAGGUCCGUCUGAGGGGAAAUUGACUCCCGGAGAUGAAAUCAUUAUGAUAAACGAUGAAGCGGUCAGCAGUGCUUCCAGAGAACGAGUGAUCGAUCUGGUCAGAAACUGUAAGGAGACCAUUGUGUUGACGGUUGUCCAGCCCUACCCUUCACCCAAGUCAGCCUUCAUGAGUGCUGCCAAAAAGGCGAAGCUGAAAUCAAACCCGGUGAAAGUGAGAUUUGCUGAAGAGGUCAUAGUUAAUGGCCAACUUCCUGAGUCAGUGAAGGAUAAUUCUCUUCUCUUCAUGCCAAAUGUGCUGAAAGUUUAUCUGGAAAAUGGACAGACAAAAUCCUUCAAGUUUGACUCAAGCACCUCCGUUAAGGAUGUGCUGCUGACCCUGCAAGAGAAAUUAUCUAUCAAAAGCAUUGAGCAUUUUUCACUGAUGUUGGAACAGACUAUGGAAAACUCCAGCACCAGGCUAAUGCUGCUACAUGAGCAGGAGAUGCUAACUCAGGUUACUCAGAGACCAGGAUUGCACAAGAUGAAAUGUUUCUUCCGUGUUGCUUUUGUUCCGCGAGAUCCGGUGGACCUGCUCCAUCAUGACCCCAUGACUUUUGAGUAUCUCUAUGUACAGAGCUGUAAGGACGUGGUUCAGGAGCGUUUCGGCUCUGAACUGAAAUACGAUGUGGCUCUACGUCUGGCCGCUCUCCAGAUGUACAUCCUCACCAUCAGCACCAAAAAAACCCAGAAAGUCUCACUGAAAUACAUUGAGAAAGAGUGGGGAUUGGCCCUCUUUGUUCCUCCAGCAGUUCUGACCAGCAUGAAAGAGAAAAACAUCAAGAAGGCUAUCGCACACAUUCUGAAAACCAACCAGAGCCUGGUUGCUCCUGGAAAAAAGUUGACGGCAUUGCAGGCUAAAGUUCACUACCUGAAGUACCUGAGUGACCUAAGGCUGUACGGAGGGAGAGUCUUUAAAUCCACACUGCUUCAAGCAGAGAAACACACAGAGGUGACUCUGUUAGUGGGGCCUCGGCAUGGAAUCAGCCAUGUGAUCAACCCUAAAACCAACAUGUUGGCUCUGCUGGCCGACUUCAGCCACGUCAACCGGAUCGAGAUGUAUACGGAAGACCAGUGGAAUGUCAGAGUGGAGCUCCAUGUGCUGGAUGUGAAGCCCAUCACUCUCAUAAUGGAGUCCAGUGAUGCCAUGAACUUGGCGUGUCUGACAGCAGGUUACUACCGGUUGCUGGUGGAUUCACGCCGCUCAAUCUUCAACAUGGCUAAUAACAGUAGUGCAGGCCAUGAUUCUAAAGAAAAGCACCACAUUCCGGCGAUUGAGUGGAACUGUUGUUCACAUAGUAGAUGGGAAGAUCACUGUAGCAGGCUUUUGGAGCCAGACUCUGCCCAAAAGUAUAUCACAGAGCUCCAGCAAGCACAGCAGCCAAGCAGGAGCAUGUGUAUGCCACCCCAUACCCAAUGUCAGUCCUUUAGGAGUAAAGCUCACGAUUCACCCAGAACCAGUGCUAAGGUGUCUUUUAUAUUUGGAGACCUUCAACUGGACAGUGUAAAUCCUCAGAAUUUGGGUUACCAGAGGUUGAUGGAGGACAUUCCAGAGGUUCUGGAUGAUCAUAGGUCAUAUUACAGGCAUCAGGGUAGUUAUAAACCUUUGGAAACUUGUUUGGAUGUGGACGGCUUUCAGUAUGAGAGUCACAUGGUGUAUGGGGACAGUAAAAUCUUCGGUCCGAUUGAUGGAAUUGAGGAGCCAUUGCUGCAUGACAUCUGCUAUGCUGAAACCGCAGACGAUGCAGAAGAUGAAGAUGAUAUCAGCUGUGAAGAUGACAUGUCAGUGAUGGCCAUGAUGGAUUCAAGAGAGAGGGCCAUGUCACUGCUUUCACUUUCAGAAUCGAGUGACGAUAUCAUCGACCUGACUUCCCUUCCUCCUCCACCGGAGGGAAAUGACGAAGAGGACAACAACGUUGUUUUGCAGUCGCUAAACUUAGCCAUAGCUGCUCCGCCUCCAGGAUUCAGAGACAGCUCAGAUGAAGAAGGAGAGCAAACAAGAAAAAAGACUAACUCGGACAUCCCGGUGUCUCUUAUUGACUCUGUCCCAAUACAUGUGGAAAGAAGGACAGAGGAAGGCUUGGACAGUUCCGUUGUUUCCACAUUGCAAGCCCUGGAAGCUUUAGCAGCCUCUGAAGAACAGUUGCACCCACAAUCAGAGAAUAGUUCAGGUGUAGGAAUAUCUCGGUCCUAUAGUCCAGAGUCUGCUUCAGAUUCCGGCAAUGAAACAAAUUCCUCUGAAAUGACUGAGAGCUCUGAGCUAGCAGCAGCACAAAAAAACCCAGAGAAUUUGCUGAAAAUGUUUGUAGCCACAGCUGAAGGUUAUCAGACACACGAUGCAGAAAAAACGGAAUUCCGUUCAACCGAUAACGUGAUGGCCAUGCCUGGAAACCAGAAGGAAGAACUGAGGUCCGGGAUUCUGCCUUCUUUUCAGAUUCGCCGUUCAGAUCAUCUGGACAUGGAGCCUGAAACCACGGAGACCAAAUCUCUAUCUGAUUACUUAAAAAAAAUGCAUGUGAAUUCUAUGAUUAGUGGCAGGCAUGGCAAAGUGGAUGACGGAGACUGCAGACUAAGAACUGGGGGCAAAAUAGAAGAAGCCCAUCAGAUGAAAACAGUCGGCACUCAUGUAGACAACAGUCUCAAGCGAUACAACGCCAGUGCAAGAGAACAUCUUCACUCGAGUCCUUUGGACCUUGAAAGGAUGCCCUUUCUGUCCCAAGACACCUCACCUAGAAGCAAGUUGGAUUCUGGUCAUUCUAACUCCACUAAUCAGAGAGGACCAUUGAUGGAUUUGACUUCUUGCUCUGCUACAGAUGAAGAGUACUUAAUUGAGCAAGUCAGACAGAACCAGCAAACCAGGGCACCUUUAUCCGAUAAGGAAGUGACACGGUUGUAUGAAUACCAUUUGCCUAAGAGGAUGUCCUCACUUCAGAGCGAAGGAAUUCAUUCCUUGCAGAGUUCCCAGUGCUCAUCCAUUGAUGCUGGAUGCAGUACAGGAAGCAGCAGUUGCGUCACACCCAUGGACUCACCACUCUGCACUACAGAUAAUAUCAAUUCCAUCUCUGAAUCUUCUUUAAGAGGUCUGGGAUACACAAAUUCAGAUGACAAAGGCUACAGUCAAGGCCAACACGGUAAACUCAUCCAUCAGUUCGCAGAUUCCUCGUUUUUACGGAAACACCAUGCUGGGACAGAUCCUGGUGCAGCACAUGAAGGAUGCCAAAGGAUGACCAAGAUGAGAGAAACUACAGUUUAGCACAUUGAGUGUGAAGCUGAAACAGAGUGUGUACCAUUUUCCUUCAGCACCUCUAGUGUAGUCUUGUGUGUCAAAUCCAGAGGUUGUAGGAGGCUUUCCCCUUCCCCUUAGAACAACAUGUGUUUGCCUCAGAAAGGCACUGAUGGAACUUCCAGUAAACUUUUAUAGAAACUUGUUGGCUUGUUUUUUGGGAUUUUCUUUUUAUGGCUCAGGUAGCUUUGGACCUUGACAAGAACCAAAUCAGAAGUCCAUGGGCAAUUCAACCACACUAAGACAACUUUACUGGUUCU